AUGAACAUUAUUAUUUGGAACUGCAAAGGGGCUCUCAAGCCUUCCUUUCAAGCAAAUUUUCGUGAUUUGGUUGCUAACCAUGAUCCAGCUUUUUUUGUUGUAAUGGAGACUCGCAUUGGUAGUGAGAGGGCAAAGGUAAUUACGGAUAAGCUGCCUUUCCAAGGGGCGAUUCACAUUGAUUCAAUUGGUUUUACUGGCGGGCUCUGGUUUCUUUGGGACCCGGAUAGAGUUGAAGUCACUUACCUUGCUAGCACGGAGCAGGAGAUCCACACUCUGGUGAAGGUAAACUCCUCUUCCCUUAACUGGAUUUUCACUGCUAUCUACGCUAGCCCAAGACAUAGAGAAAGAUGCAUGCUUUGGAAUAAUUUAAAUAUUGUUGCUAAUUCACAUAAUUUACCUUGGAUUAUUGCUGGUGAUUUUAAUGAGUUGCUUUCCAAUGAUGAGAAACUUGGCGGUAGGCCGAUUAGCUUAUACAGGGCUAACCUCUUCAAAGAAUGCCUUGAUUCUUGUAAUAUGGCAAAACUUGGCUUUAACGGUCCUAGAUUCACUUGGACAAAUAAGCAUGAUAUUGGUGCAUUCAUCCAAGAAAGGCUGGAUAGAUACUUUGCUAAUCCCCAGUGGUGUCUUCUUUAUCCAGAAGCUCAAGUAACCCACCUGCCUAGAUGCUCGUCUGAUCAUUGCCCUGUCCUGAUGGAAAUUCAACCAAAUCUUAAUCUUAGACUCAAUAGGCCUUUCAGAUUCCAAAGUUUUUGGCUGGCAGAUGAUUCUUUUCCUAAUGUGGUUCGAGAAGCUUAG